UUUUUUUUUGAAACAUUACCUACCCUUUCUCCAUCACCUUUUUUCUCAUUCUUCCACCCUUUUUUUUUUUGUACAUAUACACAAUAUACAUAUUUAUAUAGAUUUUUCUUUCUUAUGACUUCUAUAGAACCUAGCAAAGAAGAAGAAGAGGAUAUACAAGAUGAAAGAUCAACAUCCAUGGACGACCAUUCACAUUUAUUUGAAAAACUUAGCGAUUAUGACGGUAAGCCAGGUGGUAUCUUGAUGACCAGUCUUGCACAACAAGUCUUACCUAAUAUAUGGAUCGGUGGAUAUGCAGCAAUGGAAUCGAAAUCCUUUUUGAAGAAAAACAAGAUCCAAACUAUUUUAUCCCUUGGUCAUUUCCAAUCAAUAUACCCAACUACAGAAUUCACUCAUAAGAUUAUCCCUAUUACUGAUCAUCCUGAAACAAAUAUCAUUCGAUGGUUUCCAGAAGCGUUUAGGUUUAUCACCGAAGCAUUGGAAAAAGAAGAAAAGAUCCUGGUCCAUUGCCUGGCUGGUGUAUCCCGGAGUCCUACCGUAGUGGCAGGUUAUAUGAUGGAGAAGGAACAUCUACGUUGGAAAUUGGCAUUGGCGAAAAUCAAACAAACCCGACCUUUUGUGGAUCCUAAUCCUGGUUUCAAGAAACAACUACAACUCUUUCAAGAUAUGGGUUAUGUCUUUGACCCAAGUCAUCCCGCUUAUCGUGAUUAUAUCAAGCAUCAUCCUAGAGAUGCUGCUCAUCAAGGUCAUAGUGAUUACAUUAGUCGUAGUACCAAUGUCGUAGUAUAGUUUCAUAUUUGAUUUUAUAGCCUAGAUCAAUAAAUAUAUAGUGUUGUAUUGCCUUUUUCGUCUCUCCUCAGUCUUUUUUUUAUUUAUUUAUUUAUUUUGGAUCAUGGAUAUGGUUAGAACAAUAAAG